UACAAAAAAACUGAAUCCAUAUGAGUAUUGCAACAUUUUCAAACACUAUUUCUAUUUUUUUUCCUCUUGCUUGCUCUUCCUUGACUUCCUUCUGUCACGCUGCGUGAGUCGUGUUGUCUCGUCGCCGUCGCGCUGUGCGAUUAUCGUGGGCGCUAUACAAUGUUGUAAUCGACCAUACAACACCUUCAACAUUCUUUAAAUUUUAGAACUGAAAUACAUACAUCACCCGCCAACGUGUUGUGCAGCUCAUAGCUGAUAAAUAACGGUCGCCGUUUUGGCAGUUAUCACAUGUGUUGAGUGUAAAAAAAGUUAAACAUCCAGUGCGAGAGUAAUUUUCUGAUAAGUUUUAUAUGAACGGCCGUUAGAUUUGUCGUUGCAAAUCUAUGGGAGAUAACUGGUUCCACGCUCACGUAAUAAGUGACAAUGUCUCUCGAGUCUCCGCUUGACAGAUUCUGCGGCUCCAAGUUUUGGGACAGCAACCUAACAUGGCACACAGACAACCCAGAGCUCACAGAAUGCUUCGAAAAGACCGUCCUCAUCUGGGUUCCCUGCAUAUUCCUCUGGCUGACCGCGUUUCUCGAAACAUACUACAUCAUCAACAGCAAGGAGAGGAACAUCCCAUGGAACCCGCUCAAUAUCAGCAAGCUCAUAAUAACGAGUUUGCUAAUAGUGUUAACUUUUGUGGACUUGGGGACGACAGUGCAUCGGUUCUCGAGGCAGGAGGAGGAUGUGUUCAACGUGGAUUAUUAUACGCCUAUAGUUAAGAUAUUGACGUUUAGUUUAUCAGCAACAUUACUAUAUUACAACCGAAAAUACGGCUUGCGAGCAUCAGGGGUCCUGUUCUUCUUCUGGCUACUCCUAGUAGUCGCGGGCAUCCCGCAGCUCCGCUCAGAAAUCUUCCUGCACAACCAGAAGCAAGACGACGAGAACGUACAAUACGCGUUCGUCAGUUAUUGUCUGUACUACAUAUUGGCGGUAGUCAUGUUCCUACUUAACUGCUUUGCCGACUUACCGCCUAGAGAUACGCCGUACAAAUAUGAAAAGGUAAAUAAUAUACUACUAAGUAAGCGUUUCCACGAUAUCCUCAUCAGAUGUCCGAUACAACACAUCCUACACAACCAGAAGCUGAACGACGAGAACGUACAAUACGCGUUCGUCAGUUAUUGUCUGUACUACAUAUUGGCGGUAGUCAUGUUCCUACUUAACUGCUUUGCCGACUUACCGCCUAGAGAUACGCCGUACAAAUAUGAAAAGAAUCAAUGCCCUGAGAGCGCAUCAGGGUUCCCCAGCCGGCUAACGUUCAGCUGGUUCGACCCGCUUGCCCUCACCGGGUUCCGCAGAAGUCUGACCGAGAGCGACCUCUGGGCGCUCAACCCGUCAGAUUCCUCGAAGGAGGUCGUGCCCAAGUUCGACAAGUUCUGGGAGCGGUCGUUGAGGAAACAGGAGAGUUCGAGUGAAACGCGGGCGACGUACAGCAAAACAUCGGCCAGUGUCAAUUUCAAGCCAGAGAGCGAAAGAAAACCCGUGUCUAUACUACCAGCGAUGUGCUUUACAUUCGGCCCGCAAUUCUUUUUCGGCUCAACCUUGAAAUUAGCCAACGAUCUGUUGAUGUUCGUUUCGCCACAGCUGCUCAAAUACCUAAUAGCCUUCAUAGGAGAAAAAGACACACCAGUAUGGAAAGGCUACCUUUACGCAGUGGGCCUACUCGUGUGCGCCUCCAUACAAACCAUGCUUCUCGCGCACUACUUCACGAGAAUGUACCUUGUGGGCAUGAGAAUUAGAACUGCCCUCACUAGCGCCAUCUAUAGGAAGUCGCUCAGGAUGUCCAAUGCGGCUAGAAAGGAGUCUACUGUUGGAGAAAUUGUCAAUUUGAUGUCUGUGGAUGCUCAAAGAUUCCUAGAACUGACAGCAUACCUAAACAUGAUCUGGUCAGCGCCGCUCCAGAUAGCCCUAGCGCUGUACUUCCUGUGGGGCAUCCUCGGGCCCUCGGUGCUCGCGGGGCUCGCGGUCAUGAUCGUGCUGAUCCCCGUCAACGGCGUCAUCGCGAACAGGGUCAAGAGUCUGCAGAUCAAGCAGAUGAAAUACAAGGACGAGAGGGUUAAGCUGAUGAACGAAGUGCUCAAUGGAAUUAAGGUUUUAAAAAUGUACGCGUGGGAGCUCAGCUUUCAGGACCAAAUUCUUAAGAUAAGAAACAAAGAGAUGCACGUGCUCAAACAGUCGGCAUACUUGAAUUCUGCGACGUCGUUCAUUUGGUCUUGCGCUCCUUUCCUGGUGUCGCUGAUGUCGUUCGGGUGCUAUGUACUGGUAAAUGACACCGAGGUGCUGGACUCUAAGAAGGCUUUCGUAGCGCUGUCUCUUUUCAACAUCCUACGUUUCCCACUAUCUAUGCUGCCUAACGUUAUAUCCAAUAUCGUACAAACUUCUGUGGGUAUAAAGAGAUUGAACAAAUUCAUGAACUGCGAUGAGUUAGACAUGAACUCGGUCGAACACGAUCCUAAAGAACCAAACCCACUGGUAAUGGAAAACGGGAACUUCUCCUGGGGCGACAAAGACGCAGAACUCACCCUGAAAAACAUCAACCUGACAGUGCCGAAGGGUCACUUGGUGGCCGUGGUUGGAGCUGUGGGUUCCGGGAAAAGCUCCUUGCUGUCUGCGUUCUUGGGCGAGAUGAAUAAAAUCUCUGGACGGGUUAAUACUAAUGGUAGCAUAGCAUACGUCCCACAACAGGCCUGGAUCCAAAACGCGACGCUGCAAGACAACAUCCUGUUCGGCAAGCCACUCGCGCAGCAGAAGUACAGCGACGUCAUCGGCAUGUGCGCGCUCAAGCCGGACUUCGACAUGCUGCCUGGCGGCGACCAGACCGAGAUCGGCGAGAAGGGUAUAAACUUAUCCGGCGGCCAGAAGCAGCGCGUGUCACUCGCGCGAGCAGUGUAUUAUGACGCGGACACGUACUUCCUGGACGACCCGCUCAGCGCCGUCGACUCGCACGUCGGGAAACACAUCUUCGACAAGGUUCUCGGCCCCAACGGUUUGCUCAAAGACAAGACCCGGCUGUGGGUGACGCACAACGUGUCGUACCUGGCGCAGACGGACCUGGUGGUGGUGCUGAAGGACGGCGCCGUGUCGGAGGCGGGCAGCUACCAGCAGCUGCUGGAGAAGAAGGGGGCCUUCGCCGAGUUCCUGCUGCAUCACCUCAGCGACACGGAGAGGACGUCGCCUGAAGGUAUCCUAUACAAAGACAAGACCCGGCUGUGGGUGACGCACAACGUGUCGUACCUGGCGCAGACGGACCUGGUGGUGGUGCUGAAGGACGGCGCCGUGUCGGAGGCGGGCAGCUACCAGCAGCUGCUGGAGAAGAAGGGGGCCUUCGCCGAGUUCCUGCUGCAUCACCUCAGCGACACGGAGAGGACGUCGCCUGAAGGUAUCCUAUACAAAGACAAGACCCGGCUGUGGGUGACGCACAACGUGUCGUACCUGGCGCAGACGGACCUGGUGGUGGUGCUGAAGGACGGCGCCGUGUCGGAGGCGGGCAGCUACCAGCAGCUGCUGGAGAAGAAGGGGGCCUUCGCCGAGUUCCUGCUGCAUCACCUCAGCGACACGGAGAGGACGUCGCCUGAAGGUAUCCUAUACAAAGACAAGACCCGGCUGUGGGUGACGCACAACGUGUCGUACCUGGCGCAGACGGACCUGGUGGUGGUGCUGAAGGACGGCGCCGUGUCGGAGGCGGGCAGCUACCAGCAGCUGCUGGAGAAGAAGGGGGCCUUCGCCGAGUUCCUGCUGCAUCACCUCAGCGACACGGAGAGGACGUCGCCUGAAGGUAUCCUAUACAAAGACAAGACCCGGCUGUGGGUGACGCACAAAGUGUCGUACCUGGCGCAGACGGACCUGGUGGUGGUGCUGAAGGACGGCGCCGUGUCGGAGGCGGGCAGCUACCAGCAGCUGCUGGAGAAGAAGGGGGCCUUCGCCGAGUUCCUGCUGCAUCACCUCAGCGACACGGAGAGGACGUCGCCUGAAGGUAUCCUAUACAAAGACAAGACCCGGCUGUGGGUGACGCACAACGUGUCGUACCUGGCGCAGACGGACCUGGUGGUGGUGCUGAAGGACGGCGCCGUGUCGGAGGCGGGCAGCUACCAGCAGCUGCUGGAGAAGAAGGGGGCCUUCGCCGAGUUCCUGCUGCAUCACCUCAGCGACACGGAGAGGACGUCGCCUGAAGGUAUCCUAUACAAAGACAAGACCCGGCUGUGGGUGACGCACAACGUGUCGUACCUGGCGCAGACGGACCUGGUGGUGGUGCUGAAGGACGGCGCCGUGUCGGAGGCGGGCAGCUACCAGCAGCUGCUGGAGAAGAAGGGGGCCUUCGCCGAGUUCCUGCUGCAUCACCUCAGCGACACGGAGAGGACGUCGCCUGAAGGUAUCCUAUACAAAGACAAGACCCGGCUGUGGGUGACGCACAACGUGUCGUACCUGGCGCAGACGGACCUGGUGGUGGUGCUGAAGGACGGCGCCGUGUCGGAGGCGGGCAGCUACCAGCAGCUGCUGGAGAAGAAGGGGGCCUUCGCCGAGUUCCUGCUGCAUCACCUCAGCGACACGGAGAGGACGUCGCCUGAAGAACUUGAGGAAAUUAAAGACGUGCUUCAGAGCAAACUUGGCACAGAGUUCAAGGACAAACUGCAGAGGGCCCGUUCACUGUCGGAGAGCGCAUCGGAAUCCGAACAGGCUGCUACAGGAGACCGCGCGGGCAGCGUCAAGAGAAAAACGCCGGAAGCGACACCUGCCGAACUGAAGGAGAAGAACAAACUCAUUGAGUCCGAGAAGGCGGAAACCGGCAGUGUAAAAUGGAGCGUGUACAAGCACUACCUGAUGAAUGUGGGCGUUAUGGCGUCCGCUGUGACCGUCCUCAUGAACCUGGUGCUGCAGGUGUUCCAGGUCGGCUCCAACUACUGGCUCGCCGUCUGGUCCAACGACACCGACAUGGUCAGUACCGCCUCAUACUGUACAACAGUUGUAGCGCCCGCUGUGACCGUCCUCAUGAACCUGGUGCUGCAGGUGUUCCAGGUCGGCUCCAACUACUGGCUCGCCGUCUGGUCCAACGACACCGACAUGGUCAGUACUGCCUCAUACUGUACAACAGUUGUAGCGUCCGUCGUGACCGACCUCAUGAACCUGGUGCUGCAGGUGUUCCAGGUCGGCUCCAACUACUGGCUCGCCGUCUGGUCCAACGACACCGACAUGGUCAGUACCGCCUCAUACUGUACAACAGUUGUAGCGCCCGCUGUGACCGUCCUCAUGAACCUGGUGCUGCAGGUGUUCCAGGUCGGCUCCAACUACUGGCUCGCCGUCUGGUCCAACGACACCGACAUGGUCAGUACUGCCUCAUACUGUACAACAGUUGUAGCGCCCGCUGUGACCGUCCUCAUGAACCUGGUGCUGCAGGUGUUCCAGGUCGGCUCCAACUACUGGCUCGCCGUCUGGUCCAACGACACCGACAUGGUCAGUACCGCCUCAUACUGUACAACAGUUGUAGCGCCCGCUGUGACCGUCCUCAUGAACCUGGUGCUGCAGGUGUUCCAGGUCGGCUCCAACUACUGGCUCGCCGUCUGGUCCAACGACACCGACAUGGUCAGUACCGCCUCAUACUGUACAACAGUUGUAGCGUCCGUCGUGACCGUCCUCAUGAACCUGGUGCUGCAGGUGUUCCAGGUCGGCUCCAACUACUGGCUCGCCGUCUGGUCCAACGACACCGACAUGGUCAGUACUGCCUCAUACUGUACAACAGUUGUAGCGUCCGUCGUGACCGACCUCAUGAACCUGGUGCUGCAGGUGUUCCAGGUCGGCUCCAACUACUGGCUCGCCGUCUGGUCCAACGACACCGACAUGGUCAGUACCGCCUCAUACUGUACAACAGUUGUAGCGCCCGCUGUGACCGUCCUCAUGAACCUGGUGCUGCAGGUGUUCCAGGUCGGCUCCAACUACUGGCUCGCCGUCUGGUCCAACGACACCGACAUGAUCGUAAACGGCACCGUGAACAAAGAGAAACGCGACCUGUAUCUCGGCGUGUACGGCGGGCUCGGCGUCGGGCAAGUGAUGUCGGUGUCGGUGUCGUCGCUGGCGCUGUACCUGGGCUCGCUGGCGGCGGCGCGCGCGCUGCACUGCGCGCUGCUGGCCGGCGUGCUGCGCGCGCCCACCAUCGGCUUCUUCGACUGCACGCCCGUCGGCCGCGUGCUCAACCGCUUCAGCAAGGACGUGGACGUGCUCGACAACGUGCUGCCCAUGACGCUGCGCGGCUGGACCUCCUGCUUCUUUGCGAGCUAUAAAGCGGUAAUGAUUGUUACAGCCUUCACCUCAUUUUUCACGGAUUUGAUACCGUCGUUGGCGUGCCUGAAGGCGGCCAUGUUCGUGCACGGCAACUUGUUGGACAAUGUGUUAAAGGCCCCGUUGCAAUUCUUCGAGGUGACGCCGCUGGGCAGGAUUCUCGCGCGGUUCUCGAAAGACGUGGACGUGGUGGACCAGUCGCUACCGAUGGAGACCACGGACGUUUUGUAUUGCAUGUUUGAGGUCCUCGGAACGUUAUUCGUCAUCAGCGUAUCCACGCCCAUCUUCUUGGGCGUUAUCAUACCCGUGGGUGUCCUCUACUACGUCAUCCAGAGGUUCUACGUGUCCACCUCGCGGCAGUUGAAAAGACUCGAGUCCGUGUCGCGGUCGCCGAUAUUCUCGCACUUCGGAGAGAGUAUUACGGGCGCGACCACUAUACGCGCUUAUGGAGUCACACAGAGAUUUGUGGAGGAGUCUGAACGCGGCGUUGACCACAACCAGUCCUGCUACUACCCGAGCUGCAUCGCCAACCGCUGGCUCGCGGUGCGGCUCGAGAUGAUCGGCAACCUUAUCAUCUUCUGCGCCGCGCUGUUCGCCGUGCUCGGCAGGGAGGACGUCGACCCUGGCAUCGUCGGCCUCUCCGUCAGCUACGCGCUGCAGAUCACUCAAACUCUUAAUUGGUUGGUGAGGAUGACAUCUGAAGUGGAAACAAACAUCGUUGCAGUAGAAAGAAUAAAGGAAUACGCUGAAACGCCGCAGGAAGCCGUGUGGACGGUGGAGAAGGGGCCGGGCUCGACGUGGCCGGAGACGGGCGCGCUGCAGCUGGAGGGGCUGACGCUGGGCUACCGGGCCGGCGAGCCCGCGCUGCGCGGCGUCACGUGCGCCGUGGCGCCCAGGGACAAGCUCGGCAUCGUGGGCCGCACCGGCGCCGGCAAGUCCACGCUCACGCUGGGCCUGUUCCGAAUCGUAGAAGCCAUAAGCGGCCGCAUCUUAAUCGACGGCAUCGACAUCUCCACCAUCGGGCUGCACCAGCUGCGCUCGCGCAUCACCAUCAUCCCGCAGGACCCCGUGCUGUUCUCGGGCACGCUGCGCAUGAACCUGGACCCCUUCGACGCCUACUCCGACGACGACAUCUGGCGGUCGCUCGAGCACGCGCAUUUGAAAAACUUUGUGCAAGGUCUAUCAGCAGGUUUGCGACAUGAGAUAUCCGAGGGCGGCGAGAACCUCUCCGUGGGCCAGCGGCAGCUCGUGUGCCUGGCGCGCGCGCUGCUGCGCAAGACGCCGCUCCUGGUCCUGGACGAGGCCACUGCCGCCGUGGACCUGGAGACCGACGAGCUCAUACAGAAAACGAUCCGGUCGGAGUUUGCGUCGUGCACCGUGCUGACCAUCGCGCACCGCCUCAACACCAUCCUGGACUCCACGCGCGUCAUGGUGCUGGACAAGGGGCAGCUCGUGGAGUUCGCGCCGCCCGACCAGCUGCUGCAGGACAGGAACUCCGUCUUCUACGGCAUGGCCAAGGACGCCGGCCUCGUCAGUUAGGCCACCCUACUAUUUCACUGAAAUUCCACCUAAUUUCUAUCUUUUAUGGUCUUUCAACAGUUUUUCUUUACCAAAAAUCGGUUGCCGAGAGGAUAUAUGUUCAAGGCUCUAUCAAAAGUGCACUUAAACAUAUAGAAACGCUAUAGACAGGUAUGUCUUCCCGUCCGACCAGCUCCUGCAAGAUAAGAACUCCUUCUACGGCAUGGCUAAGGACCGCUCGUCAGUUAGGCCACUACACUGCUAUAAACAAAACAGCCUAGUUCUGGUCUUUCAGCAGUUACACUUCAACGAGUGGUUUUCCAAGAAGAAAUCAAGCGUUAUGUACGUGUCCCACCGAACGGGCGGAGUCGGAGCGCAUUUCACAAUUUUAUGGCCGCAAGCCGGUCGACUGCUCGCGGACGCGGACGGCUCCGGACGGACUCCAUCACUUCUGUCAUACAUGUAUGAGCACAUUGAAAAUGCGCUUCGGAGCGGCCCGAUUCCGGAAUCAUACAUUAAUGUCAAAAAUAACCAGAUCACCUCACUCUAAAAUUUAAAGAAUUCCCUUGAUUUCUCUAGGAUCCCCUUGUCAGAUUCAAAUUUAAUGACAAUACCUUCGACUUUUGAAAACUGUCUUAUACUCGAAGAGUUCUCUCGAAUUCGCUAGGAUCCCAUCAUCAGAUCCUGACCUGGUGACAAUGGUAUCGACUGUGAACUGAACAUCCUUGCGGGAUCUGGCCAGGCAUAUUUUAUCCAAACUCUAUCACCAAUAGGUGAGUUUUCUGACAAGUUAUUUAGCAUGAAACUACAUGAAACGUCAAAACUAAAAGCUAAUGAUUAAACACAGUUUAUUUAUUUUUGUUUUUGGUUAAAUAUAGUUUAAUUUGUCUGCUGGAAGCUAACCAAUUGGUAUCAUCAUACAAACAAUGGCAGCUUUUAAUAAACCCGUCCACAACUUACCAGAUCAUUUGUAACACAGUUAAGACAACAAAGUGAUGUCGUCAUGAAGUCGCAACAUAUCCACGCAGUCUUAGAUACUUAUAUCGUAAAAAGAAAUGAAUCGAGAUGAAGAAACGUCGAUUUGUAUCAGCAUCAAAGUACACAAAAACUGUUGAAACCGAUCUCUAAUGAGCCUCCACUUGAGCUCGUGACCUAAAGAACCUUUGGGCCAAACGCUCAUAACGUAGACGUGUACAGUUUAUCCUUGGGUUUAAGCUAAAACUAAAGAUAAUUUGAAAUAGAGGUAGAUUGUCAGAGAAAAUUUUGUAGUCACAGUAAAUUUACUGCCAUCUUUCGAUACAUGAUUAAAAUUUUUACAACGCCAAUUGACUUUGAUCCUUAUUCUUUCACAGAUAUGUGUUUAAUUUGUUAAAUAUCAAAAAGUGGCGCCAGGUUACCGGGUAUCGGCUAAAGGAUGUAGAGCCAUUGCUCGACCCGAUGCCGCCAUACCUUUGGCCUUUGAUCUAUUAGAUGGCGCCACUUUUUGAUAUCUAACACAUAUCAGUGAAAGAAUAAGAAUCAAAGUCAAAUGGCGCUCUAAAAGAUUCAAUCAUGUAUCGAAAGAUGCCAAUAAAUGUACUGUGAUUACAAGAUUUUCUUCGAAAAUCCACCUCUAUUUCUAAUUCUCUUUAAUAAAACCAAGGUGGGGUAUAAGGUAGGUAAUCCUAGUAUAGUAUUAUCAUCACAAGAUGCAAUGUAAAGGUCGUAGUAGAUCUCAGUGCCCCGGCAAAGCAAUACACGGUGCUAUUUGUCGCUGUUCUAGGGUAUUUAUUAGUGGUACCUGCGUUGCAAUAUCUUGUCGAGAACGAUCACACAAGUGCCAAGUCGGAGUGCAACUUAGUAGUGGCAAAUAUACAUUGAUUGAGUAAGAGUGUUUCAACCUUUAUUUUUUUUUUUUCACCCUGUCCCAUCUCUUGGUCUAAUGUCAUUGCGUCUCAUUUUCUCAUUAAGCAAAAUGUUAGACGCAAAUAAACAUUGGACCGAGAAAUUGGUCAGGAUUAAUACCAUCCUAUGCGUUUAAUCUAAGACAAUUUCGUGCUUCGAAUUUGACAGGGAAACGAGAUGGCGCUGUUCAGCUUCGUACAUUUUGCGGUUGUCAAAAAUUGACGUUUGACAAAUCAUUGACCGCAAAACAUAUGGCGCAGUACAGCGCCAUCUAUGGGGCACGUUUUUUCUUAGAAUUUACCUCUGUAUUCCAAUCAAUUCUCUUCAGUGGUAGGGAAUGUUCGUUACAUCACGAUACGGGUCCAGUGUACAGUCAUAUUUCGAAAGUCAGUGAAGAGACCGUCUAUGCUAACGCUGCAUCGACUUGAACUGAACAAAGUGAGGUAGUGUCAUUAUGGACGUCAUAUUUUCAUAGAAAUUUGACAUUAAUCAAUAAUCAAUCAAAUAUAUUUAUUUGCAAAAACAGUAAGGAAAGUCUUAAUACAUUCGGUGCCAGCGCGUGCUACGCUCUACGAACGUAGCUGAUAACAUGCAAAUUUAUUUAUAUUUAUUUAUGUAUUCAGGUACCAAUGUAUUUUGCUUGCAAGCAACCGUGCAAAUAUAAUGUCAAAGCUAAGCAUGCAAAAAUAAUAAAACAUGAAUCAUGCCAUUAUCACAAUUUGUCCAUAUAAAAGCCGUGCAGAGUUGGCUUAGUCCGGCUCUAGUUGCAUUUUUGCUGUAGUAUAGAUUUUCUGGAAUAAUUUUUAUGUCUAAGACCCUAAUCUGUUAAACAAAAGACAAUGUUUAUUUUAUGCGAGCGGUCGGCUCCCGUGUUAGCUUGUAAAAGCAACAAUGUCGUUUAAAAAGCAACUGUAUCGUAAUAGUAUUAAGAUUCAAAUCUAUGUAACACCUCAUGUGUUGGUAAUGUAGGACGAUCGACCACCUUAAUGUAGGCGACCGCUCAUAUUAUUACGCGCUCACAUAAAAUAAACAAUGGCAUUUAUUUAAUAGAUUAAGCUUUGAGGCCUAAAAAAUAUUUUAGAAAAUUCGUACUAUGUAACGCCAUAAAAAACUCGUGAAGAUAAACUAUGGUAAUAGUUUAUUAAUGUUACAGUUCCCUCCAACGAUGUCUCCUCCUAAAUUGCACGUCGAUUUGGUGUUAUAAUUAUUAAAAUAGUAUAAUUCAAUUACAAUAAUGUGGAUUACUCUGGUGCGAAGGGUUACUACACAUCUGCAACUGAAAUAUACUCUUACGUUACCCUUUUCGUCAGGCAGCGGCAAUUUCGGUCCCUUUAUGAUACAUAAGAAGCCUUAAACUGAAAUUGUAAAUAUGUACAAUAAGUACUUAAAGUAAGUACUUAACAGUUAAUUUCAUUUUUAUUUGUGACAUCGUAAAACGUACGUUUUACCGUAAUUUUAUAUUCAAUUUUAAAUCUUUACGUUUUUGAACAGGGAAGUUAUUACAAUUUUAGAUCUUAUUAUUAAGCAUAUGUGUUGCCACGUUUUCUCCCACACUGCCUUCUAAAUUGAGAAUGAUAGGAUUUUUAAUCUUUUUAUGAAAGUGUCUCGAAUUUAUUAUUUCCUAGUUAAUAUAUAUAAAUAAAACAAAAAAAGAUCUAUUAACUUAAUUUUCAUUGUUGUAUGGUAACUAUGUUAUUUCUUAUGAUUACUCAUAAUAUUUGAUUAUAUAAAAGACAUUUAAGUUAUUUUAAUAUUUAUAAUAUCAAUAAUCCAUAGUUACAUAUUAGUGAGGCAAUAUUUGAAAUUGUGUUGGAUACUUAAUAUAAAUAUUCUUAAUUUAAUUUCGUCACAAUACGAUGUACUUAUAUUAUGUUAAAAUAGUACUUGGAACAAAUUAUUACUAGAUUUGUCAUUAUAAAUACUAUCAAAAAAAACAGAGACUUUGUGUACAUUUAGGCAUUUAUUAUCUACCCAUUUUCGUUUUAUCUUUGAUACUUGUUCGCAGAUAUACUUUUUGUAAAAUUUGUAUAAAAUGUAGUAAAUAACUUGUUAUAUGUUAAUAGUCCAUGUAUGGACUCUAUUGUAAUAUGCAGAAGGUUCAUAUUUUGAACCAUAUAGGCCAUGGUAAGCAAUACCUCAGACAGAAAAAUAAAUGCAUUUAUGGAUAAUAGUGCUAAGCAGAGUUUUGCAACCAGUGAAUGAAUAUUUUAUAUAUAUAGUUGAGCCUGUAUAUAUGUAAUUUUCUGAUUGUACACCCGAAAAGUUUUGGUUGUUAUACCACAGACAACUAGACAAGGCAAGACUUGACAAGGGUAAAAAUAUCGGCCAUCACAGGUAACAGGAAAAAUAGGUAACCGGUACCAUGAACGUGGCCAACGUCAAGAAAUCGCCUUUUCAUGCAAACGGAUUCCUCAUUUUCCACUCUGGAUAUUAACAUUAUUAAAAAUAUGUUGACACAAUUUACCCCUACUAUUGAUUUUAUUUUCGAAUUUUUUAUUAUUAUAAGAAUUAAGAGCAUUUGAAUAGUUUUAGGAAAUUAGUUUUUCGCUUCUAAUUUUUACGAUAUUUAUUUUAUUUUUAUGAUGUAAAAAUAAUUACCCUAAUGUCAUUCAGAGAGAUAUUGAUAUCCAGAGAGGAAAAUGGGGAUAACGUUAAGGAGAAAAGGCCUUCCCCUAAAGACGUUAAGCCGCGAUUAUACACCUUAUAUUAUACAGUACAGUCCGACUCAGAUAACUUUUCACAGACUCGAAUAGAACAAAGUGUGGAGGCGUCAUUAUAAUUAUGACUUCGCCACACUUAGUCAUUGCAAAUGUCACGCAAAGUUAUGUUGGUCCGACUAUAAUUGCAUUUUUUUUCUAAAUGUACUGUACAUCCGGUACAACUUUGACGUGUUGAAUUCUCGUCUCGGUCAAGUUGUCUGAGGUUAUCCUCGACCAUCAUAGUUUUUAGUUAUCCGCGCGCGUGGGGCAGAAACAACAGUAUUGCAUAGGAUAGUUUGUAAGAUGUUUAUUGCACGACAAAUUAGUAAAUCAUAAUUCAGUGAUUUCAUUUACUAGUGGUAUACCUAUAUGUGUACUUGGCCUUUAUAAUUCAUAAGUAGGUACUUAAAUUGCAUUCGAGAAAGAUAUUUUUAUAAAAUAACUAGAUAUCUUCUUGCUAAAUAAUAUUCUACAAUAUUAAGUUGUAAUUCACUUUAAAAUAAGUACUCACCUAUUUAUAACGUGUUUUGUUUGAAGACAUUUAUAAACUUUCUAAACUGCCAACUAUGCAACUAUAUUCAUUGAAUUGCUAGUUUUUCAUGGUACACCGCCAAUGCAAUAACAAGAAAAAUACUUAUUUUAAUUUAAAUUAUUGUUUUUAAAAAUAUUAUGAACAGAUCCAAAACAGCUUAGGACGCAACCUACAAUGGUGCAUAGAUUUACUCAAUUAACUUGCCUUGUUAAUUUUAAGUGUGUUUUAAUGUUUCACUUUGAUGUAUAUUGCGUCAGUUUGGUGCCAGAGGACGCCUUUCUUGAACGUUUUUGUAGAUUUAGUUCUAUUAUUAUAAGUUUGGUUUUCAUUUUGAAUGCACAGAAAAGUAGGUACACAAAUAUACAAAUAUGAAAAGGUUUUUAUUAAGUGACUUGGCAUUUUUAUAAAACUGAAUUUGUGAUUAUUGUUGUAAUUAUUAAUUCUGUCGAAUUACAAUGGUUCCCUUUAUAAUAAAAUUAUUUGUAAUAAA